AUGGCAUCCAGACUUGUGCAGAGAGCUUCGACGUUCGGAGUACCUAAGCCUGAAGCGCCCAACAACGGCGACCACGAUCAGUCCGAUGGCAUCCCCAAAGUCAUUCGCGAUUUCCGCGAACAGAUCAAGAAGGGGCUGCCGACAUACUACGAGCCAUCGACUCUCGCUGCUUUGGUAGACGCGAUCGGCAACCUUAACUCUCUAGACGAUCGCAAAAUGCUGCUUGAGCACAUCCUGACCAUCUUGUCUCACAUGCCGGAGGGCCCUGUCCUCAAGAGGCUGGAGAACCUUGUGAUCGAGUUCCUCUAUAAUGAUCUGUCUCAUCCUCCGGCUACGUACCUUGGAGACAAGUACGCGUGGAGAAAUGCAGAUGGAUCUCAUAACAACCUCAGCGAUCCCAGCAUGGGCAAGGCCGGAACCCCCUACGCUCGUAGUGUUCAACAGACACACGCAUUGCCCCGGAACAAUCUGCCAGAUGCUGGCCUCGUCUUUGAUACUUUGCUAAAGCGGGAAGGGUUUGUCAAACAUCCAGCAGGAUUAUCAAGCAUGAUGUUCUCCUUUGCGGCAUUGGUCAUUCAUACGGUCUUUCGCACUUCUCACAAAGAUGUCAACGUCAAUGAGACCUCAUCCUACGUUGACUUGUCCCCACUUUAUGGUCACGAUGAGAAAUCAUUGAACAAAAUCCGCGUGAGAGACGGGCGCGGUCUCCUGUAUCCCGACACAUUCGCAGAAGACAGGCUUCUCCUGCUCCCACCUGCCGUUUGUGUCUUGUUGGUUCUGUUUAGUCGCAACCACAAUUAUAUCGCGAGGAAGCUGCUCGAGAUCAACGAGCGCGGAACCUAUGUCGACCCCGAUAUCCCAUCAAACGAUCCCGACAGGUCGAAGAAAUUACUAAAGCAAGAGGAUGAGAUUUUCAACACUGCGCGUCUUGUGAACUGUGCUUGGUUCGGUGCGGCCAUCUUCGCAGACUAUUUCAGUAGUAUCUUGGGCCUAGUGAGGCAGGGCAGUUCAUGGAGCCUCAAUCCAUUUGGAGAAAUAAGAGAGGAGGACCACAAACUGUUCGAGCGUGGUAAGGGUAACGUCUGCAGUGUCGAGUUCAAUUGCCUCUACCGAUGGCAUGCGACCACGUCUGUCGAAGAUGAAAAAUGGGUCGAACAGCUGAUGGCGCAUAUCUUCGAGAACAAGCCUGUCGACCAGUUGACCAUCGAUGACUUCAAAACAGCGACGAAGAAGAUACAGGCGGAGGAACCUGACAUCACGCACUGGACGUUUGGAAACCUGAAACGGCAAGCGGAUAAUACCUUUAGGGAUGAGGAAUUGGCAGCCAUUUUGAAGAAUGCUACGGAGCACCCAGCGUCUGCGUUCAAGGCGCGAGGCACACCUCAAGUUAUGAAGCUGCAUGAAAUCAUGGGCAUCGAGUCGAAUCGUCGGUGGGGUGUAUGUUCUUUGAAUGAAUUCAGACAGUUCCUUGGCCUGAAGCCAUACACCAGUUUCUUGGAGUGGAAUCCAAACCCUGAGAUUGCAGACGCUGCAGAGAAGCUGUACGGAGAUAUCGAGAACCUCGAGCUUUAUGUUGGACUUCAGGCUGAAGAGGCCAAGCCCGUCGUGGACGGUGCUGGUCUUUGUCCAGGGUACACCAUUAGCAGAGCUAUCCUCAGCGACGCAAUUGCCCUUACUAGAGGCGACCGCUUCUUCACUGCGGACUUCACGCCUUUCAAUAUGACUGCCUGGGGUUUCGCAGACUGCCAGCGAGACCCUCAUGGGCCUGGAAACGGGAGCAUGCUCGGGCGUCUUCUACUCCGUGCGCUCCCUGGAGAGUACUCGCAGAAUAGCACCUACACUUGGUUCCCGCUCCAGACACCAGAAUCCAUGAAGGGAUUCUUGAAAAAUUUGGGCACAGCGGACAAGUUCGACUUCCAGAGGCCUGGUGACCCGGGACCGAUCGCUAAUGCAAAUGAGUAUCGAGACGUUGAGCAGGUGCUGAAGAGCGAAAACUUCAAUACGCCCGGGUCGGAAAAGAUUUCUGAGAUUGUCAAGGGCGAAGGGUUCGAUGCCGCGCAGGGUAGACGCGAACAGCGUGAGGUGUUGCGGGCCCUGACUUCGUCGCCCAAUGCGCUGGACAAGAUUGCGCAGUCCUUCUAUGAUAACACGCGUACCUUGAUGUCGUCGAAGUCCUACACCUUGACGGACAAGAACACGAGGAAUGUUGACAUCGUUCGGGAUGUACUCAAGUAUGUUCCGCUCCGCUGGGCCGCUACCGAGAUCGCUGGAUUGCAGCUCAAGACUGACAAACAUUCUUUCGGCACAUAUACCGAGGCUGAGCUCUAUGGAAUGCUGACUGACAUCUACACGCUGUUCUUCCUCGAUGUUGACCCUUCGAAAGCCAUGAACCUUGAGCUGAAAGUUCAAGAGCAUGUCAGCGAGCUCAAGCGGCACAUCAAAGCUGGCCUGAUAGGCAGCGCUGGUGGAAGGCUGUCGAUCGCCUCCUUCGUGGGUACUAUCCAACAGCUAUUUUCAUCGACCAAGGCAAAGAAGAGCACUCGGGUGCCGUUUGCGCAUACCCUCUUUGAACGAGGCGGCACCGUCGACGAAGUGACGAACAACAUCCUCGCGCUCCUCAUCGGGACCACAGUCGAGCUGUCUCAGACCCUCACCAACGUUGUCAACUUCUACUUGAACGAUAAGAACCCGCCGCCGUUGAUCAAUGCCGAGGAUCCGAAGAACGAGGCGGUGCUGCAAGGAUAUGUGCAUGAGGCUAUGAGAAUCGAUCCUGCCUUCCGAGGUGUCUACCGUGAAUCCACGAUCGACCAAAGCAUCGGUAGCCUCUCGCUCAAAGCGGGUCAGCGGGUCUUUGUCAACAUCGCGAGCGCCAACUUGGACGGCGAUGUUUUUGCUAGUCCUAAAACUGUGGACAUCACCCGGAGCCCCAAAGAGAUGUAUUUGACCGGAGACGGUGCAGCUAGGUGUUUGGGUGAUGAGCUCAGGACUAAAGUCAUCGCUCAGGUACUUAAGGCUGUGACUGAGUUCGACGGUCUCAUUCGCGGCCCCGGCUCGUCUGGCAAGCUGAAAAGAUACAAGACUGUGGCUGAUAAUACCCUGCGCUACGAGUACCUCGGGUCUGACAACUUGCCUACGGCGUGGGCUACCUCGAUGACUGUUCAGUACACCGUCUCGCAGAACGGUUCUGGUGCGAACACUGCUUGAUGAACUGCGCUCAAUAUUGUCGUCGUGUCUCUUUUUUGUAGCAUACUUACCGAUGUGUCGCAGUGCUGAUAAUACUACAGUCCUCUUCUUUGGCUUGUCAGUGG